AUGUCAACGUUAGAGCCUAAAUCAUCGAGCAGUGAUUUGAAAUUGAGGACAAGGCCAAGACGCAGGUCUUCCAUAUGGCGGAUCAAUCUGGGGGAAACCGUGCCUAGUUUUGGAACUAUGUCUGAGACAAAAGAAUCUAAGACAGCUGCUGAGAUACGCAUGCGAAGACUGUCUGAAGCCGCCAAGGGUGACGGCGAUCUCGUCAAGAAAAUUUGGUUUUCAUUUAGAGAGAUAAGUUAUCGUCAUGCUUGGAUAGCUCCCUCGUUAAUCUUAAUUGCGGUGUAUAGUGCUUACUUCGCUUCUGGUAAUACUACAAAGACAAACGUACUACACAGGUUUGUUGCUGUAUCAUAUCAAGUCGGUGACACGAAUGCAUAUGGCAAAGGUAUUAACGAUCUAUGCUUUGUAUUUUACUACAUGAUAUUUUUUACAUUCUUGCGUGAGUUGCUAAUGGAUGUUGUAAUUAGGCCCUUUGCAAUCUGGCUGCAUGUCACUUCUAGGCACAGAAUUGUAAGAAUUAUGGAACAGAUGUAUGCGGUUUUCUAUACUGGUGUUUCCGGACCCUUCGGGAUAUAUUGUAUGUAUCAUUCCGAUGUAUGGUUUUUUGACACAGAAGCCAUGUAUAAAACUUAUCCAGAUUUGACAAAUCCCCUUCUACUCAAAGUCUUUUAUUUAGGCCAAGCUGCGUUCUGGGCUCAACAAGCAUGUAUCCUUGUAUUGCAACUGGAAAAACCAAGGAAAGACCAUAAAGAAUUGAUUUUCCACCAUAUUGUUACUUUACUAUUGAUUUGGUCUUCCUACGUCUUCCACUUCACUAAAAUGGGGCUGCCAGUCUUUAUCACAAUGGACGUUUCAGAUUUUCUUUUUUCGUUAUCCAAGACUUUAAAUUACUUGGAUUCUAAUUUGGCUUCUCCUACCUUUUUCAUCUUCGUCAUGACAUGGAUCUAUUUGCGUCAUUACAUAAAUUUGAGAAUUCUAUGGUCCGUACUAACUCAGUUUCGUACAGAAGGUAAUUAUGUCUUGAAUUUUGCUACUCAGCAAUACAAAUGUUGGAUCUCCCUGCCAAUUGUCUUUGUGUUAAUAGGUGCUUUACAAUUGGUGAAUCUAUAUUGGUUGUUCUUGAUUUUUAGGGUUCUUUUCAGGAUCAUAUGGAAAGGUGUUGCCAAGGAUGACAGGAGUGAUAGCGAAUCGGACGAAGAAAACGAUGGGAGUUUGAAGCAGGCGUGA